GUCUUUUGGCGGGGCCGUGCAUUUGCGAGCGCAAAAGAGAAACCAGAGGAGCAUCGGCACGUGCAAGGAGAGAAGGGGGCAAUGGCAGAGGCAGUGCAAAAGAAGCUACAGGGGGAGCUAGAGAAAUAUCAGCAGCUACAGAAAGAUAUCAGCAAAUGCAUGACAGCCCGUCAGAAGCUGGAGGCUCAGUUGACGGAGAACCACGUGGUGAAGGAGGAACUGGACCUGCUGGACGCCUCUAACUCCGUAUACAAACUCAUAGGGCCUGUGCUGGUGAAGCAGGACACGGAGGAGGCCAAAGCAACGGUCGGAAAAAGGCUCGACUAUAUCACAGGGGAGAUCAAACGCUACGAGGCCCAGAUGCAGGACUACGAGCGGAAAUCGGAGCAGCAGCGGGAGGCGCUGGGGCGGCUGCAGCAGGAGUUCCAGAGGGCCCAGGCCAAGGUGGCCGUCAAGACCUGAAGGGGCUGGGGGUCCCGGAGGGAGGGGUGGGCCAGCUGGCCAGCCCCCCAUGCUGCCAGUCAGGCCUUUUGGAUCCUCUCGAAUAAAGCUCUGCUGGACCCUC